GAAGACUUGGAUGAAUCGGGCAUGCCUUGCAAAGGUUGCAAUCAGGAAUUGGAAAAGUGUCAAUGCCAAAGUCUAUUGCAAACCAUCAAUGAGGUCAAUCAAAAAUUGGUUGAUUUGGAGUUGUUGGAUCGCUUGGCCGGACAGUCCAUGACAUUUUUGGUACAACAACGCAUAAAAGAACACAUUAAAAAUACCUGUCAUGGUAUAUUCGAUAGAAGUCAUUUGAAGAAUUUGUUAACGUGGCUUGAUGAUGUAGUCAUUUGCUGGCUAAUGCAAGUAUUCCACAACAAAGUCUCCAGUGAUCCGGAUGCCAUGCACACCGAUGAUAACUCCAAGUCAUCGGAUGUCAUACAAAGCCUGAAGGUCAAAUUGACCUUUUAUGUCUAUGAAAACUAUGCCCUGAGUGUGAUUGAUCAAUUCUUUAGUAUUAUCAUUGAUUUCCCUGAUUCCAUACCGGCCAUAGAGGAUUUAAAAAUUUGUAUGGAGAAAAUAAAUUUACGCCGUCAAAUUAUCAAUACCUUAAAAACUUCUUUGGAGGCUCGCAUUCUACAUCCCGGUGUUAAUACCAUGGAUAUUCUAACCGGCUAUGUGGCGGCCAUUAAAGCCAUACGCUACUUGGAUAGUAGUGGUGUUAUUUUGGAAACCGUAACAGCUCCCAUUAAGGAGUAUCUUCGAAAGCGCAGUGACACCGUACGUUGUGUGGUAACAAGUUUAACAGAAACUGAAUCAGGGCCCACUGAUUUAUCGGAAGAAUUGGCCAAGGGAGAUGCUGUCAAAGAUGGUGCGACAGGAAAUGUCCACGAUGAACUCAGUAAUUGGGAAAAUUGGCAACCUGAUCCAUUUGGUCUGGACAACACAACGGUACAAACUCGUGCGGUAAAAACUUCACGCAGUGCUGAUAUUAUUUCCAUGGUUGUGGAUAUUUAUGGUAGCAAGGAAUUGUUUAUGAGUGAAUAUCGUAAUCUGCUGGCAGAUCGUUUGCUAACACAACUAGAAUUUAAUCCCGAAAAGGAGAUACGUAAUUUGGAGCUAUUGAAAUUGCGUUUCGGUGAGUCGCUGCUACACAAUUGUGAGGUAAUGCUUAAGGACAUUGCCGAUUCGAAGCGUAUUAAUAGUCACAUACACAGUGAUACCAAAUAUGUGGAGAAUAAACAAUUUGAUAUCUCCUCCUUGAUAAUAUCCGCACAAUUUUGGCCCUCGUUUAACAAGGAAAGUGUUGAGCUACCCGAAGAAAUUGCCAAUGAAUUUAGGAAAUACACAAAAUCCUAUGAGGAGUAUAAAGGUAAUCGUACCCUAAAUUGGCGCACCGUGACCGGCAAGGUAUCCAUUAGUAUAGAGUUGGGUGAGAGAGUUCUAGAUAUGACUGUGGCUCCGACUCAGGCUGUUAUCAUCUAUCAUUUUCAAAAUAAAAAUGAAUGGUCUUUGGACGACUUGAGUACAUUGGUAAAAAUUCCACCCUCUGUGUUAAGAAGACGUAUGGCCUUCUGGCAAUCCCAUGGUAUUAUAAUUGAAUCUCAACCGGGUAUUUACAAAUUAAUUGAGGAUGAGUUACCCAAGUCACAAUUGGAAAAAUUACCAAUCAAUGAAAUUAUCACCGAAGAUGAAGAUAAUGAAUCGGCCAUGGCCAGUGCUUCGGAUCAAAGGGAAGAGGAGUUACAGGUUUUCUGGUCCUAUAUUGUUGGCAUGUUAACAAAUUUGGAUUCAUUGCCCAUUGAACGUAUACAUCAAAUGCUGAAAUUAUUUGCCUCAAAUGGUUUGGGUGUUGAAUUUACCCAAGAUGAUUUGAAAGAUUUUCUGCAACGUAAAGUACGCGAUCACAAGUUAAUCUAUUCCGGUGGGGUAUAUCAAUUAGCCAAAUAA